CUGUGCCGCGGGCUGCGGCCAGUGCUGGAUGCGGGCGGGAUGUACGCGGGGAGAAAGAGGAGGAAGCCGGUGCCUAAGCGCCCCAAACCACCAUCCCUUGAGGGUGUGAAGUCCAACCCUUCCAAGCGGCACCGGGACCGGCUCAACCAGGAGCUGAGCAAGCUGACUGGAUUGCUGCCCUUCCCUGAGGAUGUUCGCACCAGGCUCGACAAGCUCUCCAUUCUGCGCCUGGCUGUUGGGUACCUGAAGGUGAAGAGCUACUUGCUGGCCACAGCUACGGAUGUUGGUGACUACGUGCUGGAGCAGCCCCGAGCCCCUGGAGGGAGCAGAUGGAUGAACCCACAGGUCAACAGGGAGCUGUUUCCUGAGGGGGAACUGCUGCUCCAGGCACUCAAUGGAUUUGUCAUCGCUGUGACAGGCGACGGUUGUAUCUUCUACAUCUCCCCUACUGUGCAGGACUACCUGGGCUUUCAUCAGUCGGAUCUCAUCCACCAGAGUGUGUACGAGCUGAUCCAUGCGGAUGACAGAGCUGCCUUCUGCCACCAACUGCACAGGGCUCCAGUGUCCAGCAGCAGCCAGCAUGCAUUUCCCAUGGAGCUGCUGGCUGGAUGCAGCACCACAUCCAGCCCCGAGGAGCCCUCCUUCAUGGAGAGAAGCUUCACCUGCCGCUUCCGCUGCUUGCUGGAUAACUCCUCGGGAUUUCUGGCCUUGUGUUUCCAUGGGCGCUUGAAAUGCCUCCUUGGGCAGCAGAAGUCACCAUCAGACAGGUCCCCAUUUGUCUUCUUCGCCAUCGCAACUGUCCUUCAGCCAUUCUCCAUCCUGGAGCUCCGGACCGAGACGCUGAUCUUCCAGACAAAGCACAAGCUGGACUUCACCCCCGUGGCCUGUGAUUCCCAGGGGACGGUUGUCCUGGGGUACACGGAAACGGAGCUCUGCAGGAUUGGGUCUGGGUACCAGUUUGUGCACGCUGCUGACAUGAUGUACUGUGCCGAGAGCCACAUAAGAAUGAUGAAGACAGGGGAGAGUGGGCUGAUAGUCUUCCGGCUCCUGACCAAGAAGGGUGCCUGGGUGUGGGUGCAGGGCAGUGCCCGGCUGGUGUACAAGGGGGGCAAACCCGACUGCAUCAUUGCCCAGCAGCGAGCCCUCUCGGAUGAAGAAGGAGAGGAGAAUCUGUGGAAGAGAAACCUGCAGCUGCCUUUUACCUUUGUGACGGGGGAAGCAAUCUUAUACAGGAAUGACCUUCCUGAGACCCUGGACUCCUUCCAGGCAAAGGAGGAGCCACAGAUACGAGCACACUCCCACCCAAAGCAGUGCCUGGUAGAUCCCAACCCUCUUCUUGGGCCUAUGAUGAAGCAGGAUGCAUCCAUCUACAGCUCUCAUGCUGAUAAUGUGCUUCAGCUCAUUGCUGAGGUCGGUGGACUGCGCCAGGAUGAAGGAGUCAGUGAUGCCAAGGACAGUGACUCCCUCCUGGUCAUUAUUGAGACCCUCUUUGAGAAGAGUGAGGUGGAUGGAAACAUGUCCCAGGCCCUGCAGAGCCUCAACAUGGACACUGCAGAGCUGCAGUGGUGGGAGGAUGCUCUGCUCAGCUUGGGUGCAGAGAAGUCACCAGUUCAGGAGGUUGGCACUCAAGUGGCAUCCUACAUGGAGCAGAUGUUCCUUGGGCAGGAUGCUGGGAAGAGCAUGGCAUUCCCACCCUGCAGUGAGGAGGAUGGUGCUGUAGCUCAUCUCCAGCAAUGCUGGGCAGCUCAUUCAGUGUGUCAAGCCCCAGCACAGCCCCAAGUACCCAGUGCCCAAGGCCAAGAUGCUGUGGUCCCUCUGGUCUCCAUCAGCUCUGCUCAACCAGAGCAGCAGGUUCUGUCUAACCCAGCUGGGCUGGUGGGGGGCACUCUUCUGGAUAGCCCAUUUGAGCUGCCAGGACAAGGGCUUCAAGCAGGAGUUCCCACCUCUUCCCCUAUGGAUAACACUGUCCCUAAUGAUGACAUCCAGUCUGGGGGCAAGCGGGUGGGCUCAAGCUGCCCACCACCAUUGCACUCAAACACACCAGUGACCCAGUGGCACAAUGUCCCUGUUCAGGCAAACCCAGGCAAUGCUUUGGGGCAGAGCACUUCUGGAGGCUGCCAGCCGAAUGCUUGGAUAGCUCUGAAACAUCUGGAAGAAGCAGGAACACAUCUGGAGUCCCAACCUGUGCUGGCUGGCAGCCCCAAGAGCCUCCCAGGGGCUGGGUUGUUGUUGCUGCCCUCCCAACCUGCUCCUUGCCCUGCACAGGGCUUGCAUGAGUCCUUGUUCUCCCAUGGGGACCUCCAUGAGGAGGAGACUGUUCUCCCUGCAAGGGCAUCACCAGAGGAUGGGGGCUUCCCCAAAGAGCCCCAUAUAUCCCACCUAGAGCCCAGCUUGUCCUGGGAAGGGGAGCAGGCAGUGUUCCAAGAGGAUAAAUGGUCCAUGCAGUGGCUGCUGCAGGCUGGGGCAGCUCCCUGUUGCAGUGGGGCAGGUCCAGUGCAACACAGCAGCCUCCUGCUGGGGUCCAGUGCUGGUCCUGCACUGCCAGACCACGUUGUGCUGCCCGAGUGCCAGUAUGGAAAUAGCCUUUUCAGCCAUGAAAGCAACUUCUUCAGGGAUACCCCUAAGACCCCUUCCCCAGCAUCCUGUUGCUGUGCCUUUCCCCAGUGAAAGCCACCCUGAAGCAUCAUCAGGCUCGGUUUUGAGGUUCUCAGCAUCUAUUCCUACAAAGGUGGGUGAAGGAGCACUCGAGCAGGGUCCUGGCUUCCCAUCAGCAUCCUCCUUCAUGGAUGGGCAACCUC